AUGGCCUCGGCUGCUAAUGCGCCCUCCGAGCAGGAAAGCAGAGACCCCGAACGGCCGAGGAUAACGCGGAGGAACAGGGGGGGCUAUGGCCGCAACACACCGCUGGAUUUGGAGUAUUUGCAUCGGCCGAGUUACUGCGAUGCGGGCUUCGCUUUGGAGCAAAUCUCAGAGGGCAGAGCGACCGGGAGGAAAGCACCUCUGUGGCUGAGAGCCCAGUUUCAGCGACUUUUGUUUAGGCUGGGCUGCUACAUUCAAAAGAACUGCGGAAAGUUUUUGUUUGUUGGCCUCAUGAUUUUUGGAGCUUUUGCGGUGGGCUUACGGGCAGCUAACUUGGAAACGGAUGUGGAGAAGCUCUGGGUAGAAGUGGGAGGGCGUGUGAAUCGUGAGCUGAAGUAUACUCGUCAGAAGAUGGGUGAGGAGGCCAUGUUCAACCCUCAGCUCAUGAUCCAGACGCCGCUGGAGGAAGGAGCGAACGUGCUGACGGUGGAGGCGCUGCUACAACACCUGGAGUCCGCCCUCCGAGCCAGCAGGGUCCACGUGUUCCUCUAUGAGAGACACUGGACAUUAGAACAUUUAUGCUACAAAUCAGGAGAACAAGUGACAGAAACACCGGUUGUUGACCAGAUCCUAGACCGACUACACCCCUGCCUCAUCAUCACCCCCUUGGAUUGUUUCUGGGAAGGAGCCAAACUUCAGUCUGGAACAGUCUACUUGCCAGGAAAAGACUUGGUUCAAUGGUACAACUUCGACCCCAAGGAGUUCCUGCAAGAGCUGCGAAUGGCGCACUUCCCUGUGGAGUCCUUCCAAGACAUGUUGGAGAAGGCGGACAUUGGACACGGAUACAUGGACCGGCCUUGUCUCAACCCUGCUGACCCCGACUGCCCCCUCACUGCUCCCAACAAGAACUCCACUAAGCCUCUGGACAUCGCUCGCACCCUGACCGGCGGAUGUCACGGCCUAUCCAGGAAGUACAUGCACUGGCAGGAGGAGCUGAUCGUAGGCGGGACCACCAAGAACGGCAGCGGUCCCCUGCUCAGUGCCCAGGCUUUGCAGACCAUGUUCCAGCUGAUGACCCCAAAGCAGAUGUUCGAGCACUUACGGGGCUACGACCAGGUUUCCCACAUCAACUGGAACGAGGAGAAGGCCGCAGCCAUACUGGAGGCCUGGCAGAGGAAGUACUCCGAGGCUGUCCUGAAGAGCGUGGCAGAAAACUCAUCUCAGAAGGUUUUGACGUUCACAACCACCACUUUGGAAGACAUCCUCAGGUCCUUCUCCGACGUCAGUGUGAUCCGUGUGGCCAGCGGUUACCUCCUCAUGCUGGCCUACGCGUGCCUGACCAUGCUGCGCUGGGACUGUGCAAAGUCCCAGGGGGCCGUGGGGCUGGCCGGGGUCCUGCUGGUCACUCUGUCUGUGGCGGCCGGACUCGGACUCUGCUCUCUCCUCGGCAUCUCCUUCAACGCUGCCACAACACAGGUUUUGCCCUUUCUGGCCCUUGGCGUGGGGGUGGAUGACGUCUUCCUCCUGGCCCACGCCUUCAGCGAGACGGGACAAAACAAGAGGAUCCCUUUUGAGGAUCGAACCGGGGAGUGUCUUAAGAGAACCGGAGCCAGCGUGGCCCUCACCUCCAUCAGCAAUGUCACAGCCUUCUUCAUGGCGGCCCUCAUCCCGAUUCCGGCGCUACGAGCCUUUUCCCUCCAGGCUGCGGUGGUGGUCGUCUUCAACUUCGCCAUGGUGCUCCUCAUCUUCCCCGCCAUCCUGAGCAUGGACCUGUACAGACGAGAGGACAGACGCUUUGACAUCUUCUGCUGCUUCUACAGUCCUUGCGCUAACCGGGUGAUCCAGAUGGAGCCUCAAGCCUACCUGGAUGGAUCUGACGGCAGCCGCUACAGCCCACCCCCCAUGUUCCGCACCCCGCCUCCCCAUUACCAGACCCCUCCGCCUCGAUACGCCAGCCCCCCUCCCUCCUACAGCAGCCUGGGGUACGCACAGCAGACCCAAAUUACCAUGCAGUCCACCGUCCAGCUCCGCACCGAAUACGACCCGCGCACGCAGGCCUUCUACACAACGGCCGAACCCCGCUCCCAAAUUUCCGUGCAGCCCAUGAACCCCGCGCCCGCCCGGACCGCCACAGAUUACAAUCUCAACAACAACACCAGCAACCGCAGCAACGCCAACUCCUUCUCCCAUCACCAUCCACCUGCGGCCGCGAGCUACAGCUGCGCGCCAGGACCCCAGCAGGACGCGGUGUCUACAGGGCACAGUGUGGAGAACAACAGCUCCACACGGGACCUUUUAUCGCAGUUUGGGGACGCUUCUAUGGGACUGAGGUGUGUGGAGUCUCCCUGCUCCGGCUGGACGUUUGCCUCUUUUGCGGAAAACCACUACGCGCCGUUUCUGCUGCAGCCCACCACUAAGAUCGUGGUCAUCGUUCUGUUUGUGUGUCUGCUCGGCAUCAGUCUGUACGGCACCACGCAGGUCCGCGACGGCCUGGAGCUCACCGACAUUGUGCCCAGAGAAACCAGUGAGCACGACUUCAUCGGAGCACAGUUCAAGUUCUUCUCCUUCUACAACAUGUACGUGGUGACCCAGCGCGCCGAGUACCCCCAGAAACAGCUCCUCCUCUACCAGCUGCACCAGCGCUUCCACACCGUCCGGCACAUCCUCAAAGAAGACAACGGAGCGCUGCCCCUAAUGUGGAUGCACUAUUUCCGAGACUGGCUCCAAGGACUCCAGCGAGCCUUUGACAAAGACUGGGAGACAGGUCGGAUCACCCACACAAACUACAAGAAUGCUUCUGAUGACGGCGUUCUGGCGUACAAGCUUCUAGUGCAGACAGGCCGCAGGGAGAAGCCCAUCAACUUCAACCAGCUGACUCGCCAGAGGCUUGUGGAUGCAGAUGGCAUAAUCAACCCCAGAGCUUUUUAUAUCUACCUAACUGCAUGGGUCAGCAAUGAUCCAGUGGCCUACGCUGCGUCCCAGGCCAACCUGCGGCCCCACCCCCCAGAGUGGCUCCAUGACCGGACAGACUCCAUGCCCGAAACUCGCCUCAGCAUCCCGGCAGCUGAGCCCAUCGAAUACGCACAGUUCCCCUUCUACCUCAACGGGCUCCGGGAGACGCCUGAGUUUGUGGAGGCCAUCGAGAGCGUGAGGGCCAUCUGCAGUAACUACAGCCUCCAGGGCCUGGCCUCCUACCCCAACGGAUACCCCUUCCUCUUCUGGGAGCAGUACGUCAGCCUUCGCCACUGGCUGCUGCUGUCCAUCAGUGUGGUGUUAGCCUGCACCUUCCUGGUCUGCGCACUCUUCCUGCUCAACCCAUGGACAGCUGGGGUCAUUGUGCUGGUGCUGUCCCUGAUGACCGUGGAGCUGUUUGGCUUCAUGGGACUGAUGGGGAUCAAGCUGAGUGCAGUCCCUGUGGUCAUUCUCAUCGCAUCAGUGGGCAUCGGAGUGGAGUUUACAGUCCAUGUGGCUCUGGCCUUCCUCACCGCCAUCGGAGACCGUCACAAGCGUGCAGUGCUGGCUCUAGAGCACAUGUUUGCCCCUGUUCUGGACGGGGCCUUCUCCACACUGUUAGGGGUGCUCAUGCUCGCAGGCUCUGAGUUCGACUUCAUUGUCAGGUACUUCUUUGCUGUGCUGGCCAUCCUCACCGUCCUGGGAGUGCUCAAUGGACUGGUGCUGCUGCCCGUCCUGCUGUCCUACUUUGGGCCAUAUCCAGAGGUCACUCCGGUGGAUGGACGCAGUCGGCUGCCCACUCCGGAGGCGCGCCCCCCUGUUGUGCGAUUCUCUGUCCGUCCUCAGCCUCAGACCACAGGAACCAGCAACCACACGUCAGGGACCACAUCAGACUCCUCGGACUCUGAGUACAGCUCUGUCAGCUCAGCGUCUGGGACCAGCCAGGUGCCCCCCUCACAAAGACGACACAUGGACUGCAGGAGGGGGCCCAGGAGCCGGCACAGGCAGCACGAGCCUCCAGCUUAUACUAUAUCCUCAAGUGUCUCUCCUCAGGGAUGUGAUCCGGGGCCUCACAUGGGGGGUCCUCAAUGGAACAGGGACUCUAAGAGCCACAGACAGGCUCCGCCCCCUGCCCCGCCCCCAGCCCGCCCGCGCAUGGACGCCUUUGAAAGUGCUACUGAGGCUGGGGGCCACAGAGAACACUCAUCAGGCCCCAGAGCCCCCUCAUCACAUCACCUCCACCACCAGCCCAUCACCACAGCAGCCCCCGGGGGCCAGGGCACACCUUUCACGACCCCCAUGUUCCACUGGAUCCUCAGUCAGGCGCCAGAGGGUCCCGAGAACCCAGAGAGUCUAGAGAGUCCAGAGAGCCCAGAGAGUCCAGAGAGUCCCGGCCUGAGGCCAUGGAGCUGCAGGACCUGGAGGCGGGGGACCGCAGUAGCCGACGAGUCAGCUGAGUUGUGCUGA